GAUAUCUUGAUAUCAAAUAUUAACAGGAUUUAUGUAAUAAUAUCAUAUGUUUAAAUGUUUCUUAUUAAUCUAUUGGUGGAGUAUAGAGCUGCUUCAGUUUUGCCAAUGAAUAUAAAGUAAACCAAUCUCAUAGAAUUUAACUAAGUGGAUCUGGCUUUUUCUACAGUUAGAUAUGUAUACCAUGUUCAUAUCUUUGAACUGAUUAAAUCUAAUAGUAUUCAAUAUUAAAAGAUUUAGAUUGAUUCUAUGAAAUCUGACAACAUAAAAACUGACAAAUUUAAUAAAACCUAAAAGUUACAAACAAUUAAUGAUAAACUUCAUCAUGAUCCUUUUUUUUUUUUGAGUAUGUGUGUAUAUAAUUUUGUUAAUUAAUUAAUAAUCUGCUACUAAUGAAUUGUCUGACCUCACCUCCUGUUCUGAUUAAAUCUACUCCCAGACUGUCCCACCCUAACAUUUCUGUUCACAGAAAUGUUUACAAGUUUUUAUAUUUCUUAAGGACUGACCAUACCAUUAAAUGUUGACGCUGUAGAACAACACAGACUAAGUCUAAAUUAUACAUCCUUAACUUUGAAAUACAUUUGGAAUAGUCACAAAAGUCAAAUUGUGUUUUUAUUUGUUAUUUUCUGUCAUUGUGUUUUUUUGCAGAUCCGACCUUCACAUUUAAACUUCUCUUGAGGAUCUUGUCCACCCAAAUACAAACCUUUCCAUACAACAACAAAAAAAAGACAAAAACAUCCCCAAAAUAUCAAAAAGAGCUAUGUGCAAACAAGGCAUGACUUCCUUGAAAAACAAUAUAGGCUCUUUAUUUAAGAGCGCACUGGCCAAAACUGAUGUUUUCAAAUCUUUUCCAGCAAGUCUUUUGUUGUUUCCACUUGAUUUUCUGACCGAUAAAAAAUUUUCAUGUCCGUGUAAUUCGAGUGAAAAAAAAAACUGCCUAACAGUCUUUGUCUUCGUUGCACCUGCUCUUUUCAGCUUUGCUUUAACCUUUAUUUAUCUGUGUCUAAAACCUAAAAGAGAAGAGGGAAAGGAAGAAGUCAACAGAAAUGAUGAUGAAGAAAAAGACAAGAUAAAAGAAAAUAAGAAAAAAAAUAAAUACCUCAAGUAUUGUGGUUAUAUAGCCAUUAGCCUGAUUCCACUUGUCCUGUGGAUCAUUCUAAUGCUGUUAGAUGGGGAUUAUGUUGCCUGCAUUGAAACACAAUGGAAAGGACAGUACACAUUUGAUGACAAGCUGCAAAUAAAAUGGUGUAAACCACUUGACUUCAUCCCUGAAAAAAAUGAGACUGAAUAUAAAAACCUGACGCUUGGAUACAUUGAAAAAUCACAGAAGUCUGGUUAUAUCUGCCUCAUUUCCUUCAGCUUAAUUCUCGCAGUCAUAGUGGGUGUUUAUAAGUGCUGCGAAGAUAAAAAGCCCACAGAGAAAGCAGUAAGAUCUCAAGCUGAAGAGGCUGCAACUGCAUUGAACCAGGAGGAUCAGGUUUAAGGAAAACAAAUGUCUAUUACUAUUUUGGGGUUAUUUGACAGCAAAUUUAUUUUGUUUUGUUUCUUGUUUUUUUCCCCAUGAACCACCUCUUUUUUAUUUAAUACUGGCCUUAUUCCCUUUAGGAUAGCAUUUAUAAAUCAAAGCUGAGUGUUUAAGUUUUUAGUUGAACAGUAGUCUAGAGCAUCUUCACGUUUUGUUAAAUGCGUGAGUUGUACAGUUUAUCGUUGUAAAUCGUCUCUACUGUGUUUUACUAUCUUAAUAUUCUCGUUUAUGUGAAGCACUUUGUAUUAGCAUUGUGUAUGAAAUCUUCUAUGUAAAUAAACUGGCCUUGUCUUCCC